AUGGUAGUAAUAGAGCAGGAGAAGACCGACGACCGAAACGCGAAUUUAUCAAACGCUACUGCCGGCAACGACGCCUCCGACGGCUUCGAAACCGCCAGUGAGGCCGAUCUCGAUAGCGACGGUGACGAUGACAGAGCUAGCAGCCGAGAAGAAUUGCAGCACCGUGAACAACCGCCGAAGCAGACAGAGGGAGAACAGGAACAAGAUGCUCCUCAGGGAAGCAUUUCCUCCGAGGAUACUUUGAUCAAUGAACAUGAAUUGAGACAGAAAGCAUUGGAUGAAGCAAAUGAAGCAAAAGUAGAAGGUAACAAACUCUUUGUAGAUGGCAAGUACGAGGAGGCAUUAUCCCAAUAUGAACACGCUUUACAAGUUGCACUAGACAUGCCUUCAUUUGUGGAAAUACGCUCAAUAUGCCAUGCAAACCGUGCUGUGUGCUUUUUAAAACAAGGAAAAUAUGAAAAUACAAUUAAAGAAUGCACAAAAUCAUUGGAGCUAAAUCCUGCAUAUGUUAAAACUUUGGUAAGAAGAGGAGAAGCUCAUGAAAAGCUUGAACAUUUUGAAGAGGCAAUUGCUGAUAUGAAAAAGAUUUUAGAAAUUGAUCCCUCAAAUGAUCAAGGUAGGAAAGCCAUCCGUCGACUAGAGCCCCUUGCUGCAGUCAAACGAGAAAAAAUGAAAGAAGAAAUGAUAGCAAAAUUGAAAGAAAUGGGCAAUUCUGUCUUGGGACGCUUUGGGAUGAGCGUUGACAACUUCAAAGCAGUCAAAGAUCCAAACACUGGUUCCUAUUCUAUCUCAAUGGAACGCUAA